CCCACCCCCCACAAAACCAAACAAACAAACCCUCGUCGAGCUCGAUCCCCCGCGGCGCCUCACCCCCUUCCUCUCCCUUGCCGCCUCUCGCCCCCACUCCGCCGCCGCCGCCGCCUCGCCUCCCGCGGGAUCGCGCCAUGGCAUUGAACGCCCCCGUCCUCGUGCUGAAGGACUCGCUGAAGCGGGAGUCCGGCACGAAGGUUCACCAUGCCAACAUCCAGGCCGCCAAGGCUGUGGCAGACAUCAUCCGUACUACACUCGGUCCUCGGUCCAUGUUGAAGAUGCUUCUGGAUGCUUCUGGAGGUAUUGUGGUUACUAAUGAUGGCAAUGCUAUAUUGCGAGAAAUAGAUAUUGCACAUCCUGCUGCCAAGUCUAUGAUUGAGCUAAGCCGUACACAGGAUGAAGAAGUUGGUGAUGGCACAACAUCUGUCAUUGUUUUAGCUGGUGAGAUGCUCCAUGUUGCAGAAGCAUUCAUUGAUAAGCACUACCACCCAACUGUUAUUUGCCGAGCAUACACCAAAGCUCUUGAGGAUGCUUUAGCUGUCCUUGACAAAAUUGCAAUGCAUGUUGACGUGAAUGACCGUGCUGCUAUGCUAGGGCUAGUGAAGAGCUCUAUUGGUACAAAAUUCACGGGUCAGUUUGGUGACCUUAUUGCUGACCUUGCUAUUGAUGCUACUACAACAGCAGGUGUUGACCUAGGUCAAGGUAUGCGUGAAGUUGAUAUCAAGAAAUAUAUCAAAGUGGAGAAGGUUCCUGGUGGUCAGUUAGAGGAUUCACGGGUUCUUAAAGGAGUUAUGUUCAAUAAAGAUGUUGUAGCUCCUGGAAAAAUGAGAAGGAAGAUAGUCAACCCCCGCAUUAUCCUUCUGGAUUGCCCUGUUGAGUACAAGAAAGGAGAAAACCAGACCAAUGCUGAACUGAUGAAGGAAGAAGAUUGGCAGGUUCUGCUAGAGAUGGAGGAAGAAUACAUAAAGAACCUCUGUGCGCAGAUUUUAAAAUUCAAGCCUGAUUUAGUUGUCACAGAGAAAGGUCUCAGUGAUCUUGCUAUCCAUUACCUAAGCAAGGCUGGUGUUAGUGCAAUUCGUAGGCUAAGGAAGACUGAUAACAACAGGAUUGCUAAGGCUUGUGGAGCAGUCAUAGUGAACAGGCCAGAGGAGCUUCAAGAAUCGGAUGUUGGAACAAGAGCUGGCCUCUUUGAGGUCAAGAAGAUAGGUGAUGAAUUCUUUACCUUCAUUGUCGACUGCAAAGAUCCCAAGGCAUGCACUGUUCUUUUGAGGGGAGCAAGCAAGGAUGUCCUGAAUGAGGUUGAGAGGAACCUUCAGGAUGCCAUGUCUGUUGCAAGGAACAUUUUGAAAAACCCAAAACUUUUACCUGGAGGUGGUGCUACCGAGCUGACUGUAUCAGCAGCACUGAAGCAAAAGAGUUCUUCAGUUGAAGGUGUAGAAAAGUGGCCCUAUGAAGCUGCUGCUUUAGCAUUUGAAGCAAUUCCAAGAACUUUGGCUCAAAAUUGUGGGUUGAAUGUCAUCAGGAUAAUGACACAACUCCAGGGAAAGCAUGCAAAUGGUGAAAAUGCGUGGGUUGGCAUUGACGGAAGGAGCGGUGACAUUGUUGACAUGAAAGAGCGGAAGAUCUGGGAUUCUUACAGUGUCAAGGCACAAACGUUCAAGACAGCUAUCGAGGCAGCUUGCAUGCUUCUUAGGAUCGACGACAUCGUCAGCGGUAUCAAGAAGAAGCAGGCUCCUGGAGCCUCAGCUCCUAAACAGCCUCAGAUCGAACAGGAGGGUGACGCGGACAAUGAGCAGAUGAUCCCAGAGUAGAACUUGUGUGCUGUUGGUGUGAGGAGCCUGCACUGGCGAUGUUAUGCUCUAAAGCCAGAGUAAGCCCAUGAAGGGAGAACGGCUAGUUUGACAUGUGAAGCUUUUGCGAGUUGUGUUUCUUGAAUGUUUGUUCUUGGCUAAGCCUCCAGGGUUUUUUCUGGUUUUAGUUUGAAAAUGUGCCGCUUUUAUAUGUUUGAUUUAGGGGCACGAUGAGGUUUCUCGUUCUGUGUAUUGUAUCAGCAUUUUGGGAUCCCACGUUCUGCGGGGUUAGCUGCUGUUCGUUUUAUUAAUGUACCUCGUACUGGACGGCUACCGGAACUUUGAUUAAGCAGCAACACUAGUAUUAGCUUUAUGACUUGCAUUCCUUAAAUCGGAGAAAGAAAUUCCUGUUAGACUUA